UUCCCGUUCCUGCAGCAGCAGGAGCCGGCGCCCGGCGCGCGCGAGCUGUCCCCGGCCGACGGCUGCGUGCUGGUGUGCGCCGUGUGCCGAUGCUUCCUGGGCGAGCAGUGGGCCGCCUUCGAGCGCGCCCGCACGCCCGUGGACAAGCGCAUGUACUGGCUCAAGCGGCCCCACCAGUGCGACGCGGGUGCGGGCGGACGCCGCGGGGGUGCCGGGGCCCCCCGCGAGUGGAACGUCGCCUACGCGCUGGGCGCUGCGGCCGGCGACGAAGACGACGACGACGGUGGCAGCGGCGGUGGCCCCGGGCCCCGCGCGGCCGCUGAGGAGCCUCGAGACUCAGAGCUGUCGGAGCUGUCGGACACCGACCCCCUCUCCGAGCCCGACCCUGCCGCGCGCGACGCCGCCAGUCCCCACCAGCACGGGGCGCCGGCGGCUUGGGCUGCCCCGGGGCCCGGGCCUCGCGGGGGCCGCUGCCCGGAGUGGAGGCUGGCGCCGGGCCCUUCUCCCGGACAGGGCGCAGAGACCACCGCAGCGGGGGACGUGGAAAAGGAGGAGGUCCCCUCGAAGCUCCGAGUGGACGGGGAGCCCAAGGCGGGCAUCCGGCGCCGGCGGAAGGGCCAUGGGAGGCACUGGGUCCCGGAGGCCCGGGCCAGCGUCCUGAGGGGCAUUCAGGACCCUUGGCAAGGGCCUGCAGUCCAGGUGGCCCCUGCAGAGAGCAUGAGAGGAGCCCCUUCCGGCAGGGCCGCCAAGACUCCUGAGAGCAGGCCGCUGGGGGAGACCCGCGGGGGCUGCUGCGUGUCUGAGGACAGUGACGUCAACAUCACCAGUGAGGAGGAGGGCCACCAGGAAGAGCCUUCCUCAGGCCCCCGUGGCCCCGGAGACACAGAAAACGGUGGCGGCCGCGUGCCCCGAGCUCCCCUGGAGAGCCGGGCCGCACCACCAGAGGGCCUUUGCUGCUACAUCUGCGGGUCGGCGCUGUCCCCGGCCUCGCAGCACCAGAUCCACGUGCAGAAGCAGGAGAAGCUGGCCCAGGCCCCUUUCUUCCCCUUCCUGUGGCUGCACAGCCCACCCCCGGGAGCACAGCCCAUCAGCGAGGGCGGCAGCACCCUGGUGUGCCCCUGCUGCUUCUCGUCCCUCAUGCAGCAGUGGCAGAGCUUCGAGCUGGCCGAUGUGCCCGUCCUGCAGAGGCUCUACGUGGUGCCCCUGAACAGCCACGCCCCCGGCAUGGCCUCCAAGGGCAGGAGGCUCCCGAGGGAAGAGGGCCCACCCGCCGGGGCCCUGCCAGAGGCGUGCUACCUCUGCGGGGAGGACUGUACCCAGGAUGCCCGGGCAGUAGCCUCCAGGGUGCUCAAUGGCAACACCAGGGGCUCCAUGCAUUUCCCCUUCCUCAGCCUCCUGCCCUGCCCCCCCAAUGCCCAGGGCCCCAACAAGCGCUGUGAGGUCCGCAGCUGCCCCAAGUGCUUCAGCGUCCUGGAGGACGUCUGGGCCCUGUACCGGGCCUGCCAGAACGAGGAGCUCAUCACCUCCGUGCAGGGCUUCCUGGGCAGGUACCACCAGGCUUUCUCGGCCUCAGACCCUGCUCUCUCCGAGCCGCCCGCGUCGGCCCAGGGCAGCCCGGCGUCCAUCUGCUACAUCUGCGGGGCUGAGCUGGGCCCUGGGAAGGAGUUCCAGCUCAACGUGAACCCUUCCAGCCGCUUGGGCGAGAAAGAGCCCUUCUUUCCCUUCCUCACCGUCUAUCCGCCCGCCCCGCGCGCCAGGCCUGCCGACUCCACCGGCCUGGUGGCCACCUGCGUGCUUUGCUACCACGACCUGCUGGGCCAGUGGCUGCAGCACGAGGCCCGCGGCACCCAGCACGCCGUCAGCCCCUGGUCUCGGCAGUACCAAGUGGAGACGUUCGUGUGCUUCUUCUGCCGGCAGGAGAAGAAGCGGUGUCUCGGGCUGAAGGCCGUGCGGGUCGCCCGGCUGCCCUUGUUUCUCUACACCCUGCGAGCGAGCCACAGCCUCUUAGUGGACGAUGGCCGGCAGCUGAUAAUCGGCGCCUGCACAGAGUGCGGGACCCUGGUGUGUGCUGGCCAAGGGCUCACCCGCCAGGGACCCAUGGGCUGGAGCUCCCCAGUGGCAGCUGCGAGGAAGGUCACCUCUGCAUCUCUCGAGGCAUCGACGGCCGUCCACCCUCCCUCCCGGGAGCCCGAGCCUCGGCCAGGCGCCCCAACGGAGAGCCUGCCCAGGGGCCCCAGGACCGCCCAGGAGCAGGGGCCAGCCCGGUCUCAGCAGAGCAGCCUGGACGGGGCCGGACCGGACCUCACGGGCACAGGCAUGAGCCAUGAGCCCAAGUCCCCUUCACUAGGGAUGCUUUCCACCGCGACCAGGACCACCGCCACCGUCAACCCCCUCACCCCCUCGCCGCUCAAUGGCGCCCUGGUGCCCAGUGGCAGCCCCGCCACCAGCAGCGCGCUGUCGGCCCAGGCCGCGCCGUCCUCCAGCUUUGCUGCCGCGCUGCGCAAGCUCGCCAAACAGGCAGAGGAGCCCAGAGGGUCUUCACUGAGCAGUGAGUCGUCCCCCGUCUCCUCUCCGGCCACCAACCACAGCUCUCCAGCCAGCACGCCCAAGCGCGUGCCCAUGGGCCCCAUCAUCGUCCCCCCCGGGGGCCACAGCGUCCCUAGCACGCCCCCCGUGGUGACCAUCGCCCCCACCAAGACCGUCAAUGGCGUGUGGAGGAGCGAGAGCCGGCAGCAAGACGCUGGCUCUCGGGGCAGCGGCAGCGGUCGGGAACGCCUCAUCGUGGAGGCCCCGCUGCCCCAGGAGAAGGCAGGGGGCCCGGCCAUCCCCUCUCACCUGCUCAGCACCCCCUACCCUUUUGGCAUCUCCCCCAGCUCGGUGGUGCAGGACUCCCGCUUUCCUCCGCUAAACCUCCAGCGGCCCGUGCACCACGUGGUGCCCCCCAGCACAGUGACGGAGGACUACCUGCGGAGCUUCCGGCCCUACCACACCGCCGAGGACCUCCGCGUGUCCUCCCUGCCUCCCCUGGGCCUGGACCCGGCCACCGCCGCGGCCUACUACCACCCCAGCUACCUGGCCCCGCACCCUUUCCCCCACCCGGCCUUCAGGAUGGACGACUCCUACUGCCUGUCGGCCCUGCGGUCCCCCUUCUACCCCAUCCCCACCCCCGGCUCCCUGCCCCCACUGCAUCCAUCAGCUAUGCAUCUCCACCUCUCUGGGGUCCGCUACCCGCCCGAGCUCUCGCACUCGUCCCUGGCGGCGCUGCACUCGGAGCGGAUGUCCAGCCUCAGUGCCGAGAGGAUGCAGAUGGACGAGGAGCUGAGGCGGGAGCGGGAGCGGGAGCGCGAGCGGGAGGCUGACCGCGAGCGUGAGAAGGAGCGCGAGCGGGAGCGUGAGAAGGAGCGCGAGCGGGAGAAGGAGCUGGAGCGCGAGCGGGAGCUGGAGCGUCAGCGGGAGCAGCGGGCCCGCGAGAAGGAGCUGCUGGCCGCCAAGGCGCUGGAGCCGGCCUUCCUGCCCGUGGGCGAGCUGCACGGGCUACGGGGCCACGCCGCUGAGGAGCGGGGCAAGGCCUCGGAGCAGCUGACCCCAACCCGAGCAGAGAAGCUGAAGGACGCGGGCCUGCAGGCACCCAAGCCCGUGCAGCACCCCCUGCACCCGGCGGCCGCCCCGCACCACCCCGUGCCCGGCCUCCUCUCCACCCACGGCCUCUUCUCUCUGCCGGGCAGCAGUGCGGCCACGGCCCUGCUCCUCCAGCGCACCAACGAGGAGGAGAAGUGGCUGGCGCGGCAGCGGCGGCUGCGGCAGGAGAAGGAGGACCGCCAGUCGCAGGUGUCUGAGUUCCGGCAGCAGGUGCUGGAGCAGCACCUGGACCUGGGCCGGCCGCCGGCGCCCGCGGACGCGGAGCACAGGCCUGAGAGUGCCAGGCCGGGACCAAGCCGUCACGAGCCGGGAGGCCGCGACCCCCCGCAGCACUUUGGCGGCCCCCCGCCCCUCAUCUCACCCAAGCCCCAGCACCACUCGGUGCCCACGGCCCUCUGGAACCCGGUGUCCCUGAUGGACAGCACGCUGGAGACGCGGCGCGCCCCCGAGGGCCACCCUCUGCACGGCCACCCCGCCCCGUUUGAGCCCAGCCGCCCGGCGGCCGUCCCGCUGGUGAAGGUGGAGAGGGUCUACUGCCCCGAGAAAGCGGAGGAGGGACCCCGGAAGCGAGAGGCCGCCCCCCUGGACAAGUACCAGCCGCCGGCCCGCGAGGCAGGGGGCCUGGAGCAGCAGGCCUUCACCCCUGCGCCCGCGCACUUCCUGGCGGAGCUCGAGCCGUCCACCCAGACCGUCCUGGGCCAGCCCCGGGCCCCGCUCGCCCCGCCGGCCCCCUUCGGGGAGACCCCCGGGCCCCUGAAGCCGGGCUCGCCCUACCGGCCCCCGGCGCCCCGGGGCCCCGACCCCACCUAUGUCUACGACGAGUUCUUGCAGCAGCGACGGAGGCUGGUCAGCAAGCUGGACCUGGAGGAGCGCCGGCGGCGGGAGGCCCAGGAGAAAGGAUACUACUACGACCUGGACGAUUCCUACGAUGAGAGUGACGAGGAGGAGGUUAGGGCCCACCUCCGCUGCGUGGCCGAGCAGCCGCCCCUCAAAUUGGACACGUCCUCCGAGAAGCUAGAGUUUUUGCAACUUUUUGGCUUGACCACCCAACAGCAGAAGGAGGAAUUGCUGACCCAGAAGCGGAGGAAGCGGCGGCGGAUGCUGAGAGAAAGAAGCCCGUCGCCCCCGACGGUUCAGAGCAAGCGGCAGACGCCUUCGCCGAGACUGGCGCUGUCCACCCGCUACAGCCCCGACGAGAUGAACAGCAGCCCCAACUUCGAGGAGAAGAGGAAGUUCCUGACCAUCUUCAACCUGACCCACAUCAGCACUGAGAAGAGGAAAGACAAAGAGAGGCUUGUUGAGCUGCUCCAGGCCAUGAAGCAGAGGGCGCUGUCAGCAGCGGUGGCAGACCCGCUCAGGAACUCUCCGAGGGACAGUCCUGCUGGGUCCCUGAGCGAACCAGCCACGCAGCAAGCCUCUCUGGAUACGGAGAAGCCUGUGGGUAUCACUGCUUCCUUGUCUGACACCCAGAAGGCCACGGAGCCUGGGAGACUGGAACAGCUCCGGCCCCAGGAGCGAGUCCCGGAGCCAGCCCCCGCCAGCGGCGAGAAAGCCAGGCCGAGCGAGACCCCUGGGGGCAGGAAGAGCCUGAGCAUGCUCCACUACAUCCGGGGCCCCGCGCCCAAGGACAUCCCCGUGCCGCUGUCCCACGGCAUCAACGGGAAGAGCAAGCCGUGGGAGCCCUUCGUGGCGGAAGAGUUCGCGCAUCAGUUCCACGAGUCCGUCCUGCAGUCCACCCAGAAAGCCCUGCAGAAGCACAGAGGAAGCGCAGCUGUGCUGUGUGCAGAGCAGAACCACAGCAUCGACACCUCUGUCCACUACAACAUCCCCGAGCUGCGGUCCUCCAGCCGGCUGCCUCUGGCCCAGCGCGACGGGCAGCAGGAGCCCCCCGCCGGGAGGAAGGGUCCCCUGGCACAGGAGGUGGACCCGGACUCAGAGGAGGAGGAGGACGACGACGGAGAGGACGACGACGAGGACCCCCCGAAGCGCAAGUGGCAUGGGAUCGAGGCCAUCUUUGAAGCUUACCAGGAACACGUAGAAGAGCAAAAUCUAGAGCGGCAGGUGUUACAGACGCAGUGCAGGCGGCUGGAGGCCCAGCACUACAGCCUCAGUCUCACGGCCGAGCAGCUCUCCCACAGCAUGGCGGUGAGUCCCAGGGCACCACACGUGGGGGAAAGGAAUGAAAAUCGGCUCCUGGGGGGUUUUCUUAAACACAUAAUGCUUAUUUUUGUUCAGCCUUUCGAGUCUGGGUUCAAGAGCACCCAUACAGACAAGGUUUGAAGGGAAAUUGUGCCCCUGAGAGAUGAAAACAGUCUCAGCCUAAGGAGGGAAGCGUCAUUCAUUUGCAGACUAUUGAUCCUGGAAGGGUGACGAUGCUGUGUAUAUAUAUUGCCUGUGUCAAGUCUCCCCCUCCUGUGAUUUGCU